CGGCCGCGCACUUUCCAGGGCGGGGGCAGCCGCCGCCGGUGCGUGGGUCCAGCCUGCGGAGGCGGGGCGGCGGCGCGCAGAGGGAGGGCGCCCCGGCUUCUCUCGUGCAAGGCCGGCUCAAGGACGGGAACAGACGACCAGACUUUGCAAACGGGCCACUUAAGUUUUCUUUGGAGUAAACAUUCAGGCCAUUUGCUGAGGCCCUCGAGACUUGGCGCGUCCCCAGCGAGGCGGCCGCGGGGGAUGCUCUGCGCGAACAUCCCAGCCUCAGGAUGGGCCCGCUGAAGAGGAAGUGCAUCUGCGACCUGUGCUCCUGCGGGCGGCAUCACUGUCCACAUCUCCCUACCAAGAUUUACGAUAAAACAGAGAAACCAUGUCUUCUCUCCGAAUACACCGAGAACUACCCUCUCUACCACUCUUACCUGCCCAGAGAGUCCUUCAAGCCCAGGUUGGAGUACCAGAAAGGGUCCAUUCCAAUGGAAGGCCUGACCACAUCAAGGAGAGAUUUCGGGCCUCACAAAGUGUUACCAGUGAAGGUCCCCCAUCCUGACCAGUUCGUCCCAAGUGAGGAGAAUAUGGAUCUGCUCACAACGUAUAAACAAGAUUACAACCCAUACCCUGUCUGUCGAGUGGACCCCAUCAAACCUCGGGACAGUAAAUAUCCAUGUGGCGACAAGAUGGAGUGUCUGCCUACUUAUAAAGCUGAUUAUUUACCCUGGAACCAACCAAGACGAGAGCUACUUCGUCCAGACAACAGCUACCGGCCAGCGUCAACUAAGUUUGAUAGUAGAACCACACAUCAGGAUGACUACUCUAUAAAGGGCCUGGUGAACACCACAAGCUGUAAGCCUCCGGUUGUGCCUAAGCUCUGUAACAUCCCCCUGGAGGAUCUGACUAACUACAAAAUGAGCUAUGUGGCUCACCCUGUGGAGAAGCGCUUUGUGUAUGAGGCGGAGAAGUUCAGACCCUGUGAAAUCCCCUUUGAAAGCCUCACCACCCACAAAGAGGCCUACCGGGGCCUGAUGGGGGAGCCAGCCAAGAGCUUGAAACCUCCAGCCAGGCCCUGUGCUCUAGACACGCCUUUCUCUAACACCACGGAGUUUCGAGAUAAGUACCAAGCUUGGCCAACACCCCAGGUGUUCUCCAAAGCUCCUAUCACCUAUGUCCCUCCCGAAGAAAAGAUGGACCUUCUGACAACAGUGCAGUCCCAUUACACAUACCCUAAGGGUGCCCCAGCCCAGUCCUGCCGACCAGUGCUCUCGGUCAAGAAGGGUGGCCGCUUCGAAAGCUCCACCACCACCAAGGAUGACUACAAGCAGUGGGCCAGCAAGCGCACAGAGCCAGUCAAGCCCAUUCCGCAGCUGAACUUUCCUACAGAACCCUUGGACUGCCUGACCACCACACGGGCCCAUUAUGUGCCCCACCCACCCAUCAAUACCAAAAGCUGUAAGCCCCCCUGGUCUGGCCCUCGAGCAAAUAUCCCCGUGGAGGGCCAGACCACGUACACAGUCAGCUUUACUCCUAAGGAAAUGGGCAGGUGCCUGGCUUCAUACCCUGAGCCCCCUGGCUACACGUUUGAGGAAAUGGAUGCUUUGGGGCACAGGAUAUACAGGCCAGUUUCCCAGACAGGCUCUCGGCACAGCAGCAGUCUUUCUGUAGGUGAUUCGGAAAAUCCCAACCAGCAGGAGUUGGCAGUGUCAGCCUGAUUUUUUAAGAGUUGUUAUUUAGAAAUUGCACAACACUUUUAAAAGCAGAUGAUUGAGUUAUUCAUUGGACAAAAAAAGAAUUCCCCAAAAUGAAAAAAAAAAAAUCUUCAUCAUCAUUUCCAGGACACGAAUAAAAUGAGAAUCACUUGACUCAAGGAAAAUAACAUUUAA